AUGGCGCGCGUCUACGCAGAUGUCAAUCAGAAUAUGCCCCGCAGCUAUUGGGACUAUGACAGCGUCAACAUCAGCUGGGGGGUCUUGGAGAAUUACGAGGUCGUUAGAAAGAUUGGCCGCGGCAAAUAUUCCGAAGUCUUCGAGGGCAUCAAUGUUGUCAACUAUCAGAAAUGCGUUGUCAAGGUUCUCAAGCCUGUGAAGAAGAAGAAGAUUAAGCGCGAGAUCAAGAUCCUACAGAAUUUGGCUGGGGGUCCCAAUGUCGUGGCUCUACUGGACGUCGUUAGAGAUUCGCAGAGUAAGACGCCUUCUCUAAUUUUCGAAUAUGUCAACAAUAUCGAUUUUCGCAGCCUCUAUCCCAAAUUCAACGAUCUCGAUGUGCGGUUCUACAUUCACGAGCUGUUGAAAGCUCUGGACUUUUGUCACAGCAAGGGAAUCAUGCACAGAGACGUCAAGCCUCAUAACGUCAUGAUCGAUCAUGAAAACAGAAAGUUGCGUCUCAUUGACUGGGGUUUGGCUGAAUUCUAUCAUCCUGGAACUGAGUACAAUGUUCGCGUUGCCUCACGUUAUUUUAAAGGCCCAGAGUUGUUGGUGGAUUUCCAGGAGUACGACUACAGUCUGGACAUGUGGAGUUUGGGAGCCAUGUUCGCCUCCAUGAUUUUCCGCAAAGAACCCUUCUUCCACGGUAAUAGUAAUUCCGACCAGCUGGUAAAGAUUGCUAAGGUUCUCGGAACCGACGAGCUCUUUGACUACCUUGACAAGUACGAGAUUGAGCUGGAUUCGCAGUACGAUGACAUCCUUGGCCGCUUCCAGAAGAAGCCCUGGCACAGCUUCGUAACGUCCGAGAACCAGCGUUUUGUCUCUAACGAAGCCAUCGACUUCCUCGAUAAGCUGUUGCGAUAUGACCAUCAAGAACGUCUCACCGCCAAGGAAGCCCAGGCUCAUCCUUACUUUGAUCCUGUCCGAGAUCCUGAGGUUUUCAAGCAAAACUUGGCGAACCCCAGUUCCAACGGCACAUACAAAUCUUGA